GAGAAAUAUUGUCAGCUUAUUUUGGUCCUUUGCCUUCUGGCCAUGACAUCGGCGUUGUAUCAAACCGAUAUCAAUGCAAAUUUAACAAUAGAAUCUGCAUCCGAUGAACCUGUUGAACCCGGACUUAUAUUCUCUAAAAUUGGAAACAAACAUUAUUUUAUUGAGACAAAGGAGAGAAAAAAUUGGUUUGAUGCAUAUGCCACAUGUCGCCAGAUGGGGGCGUAUCUUAUCGCCUUUAAGACAGAUGAGGAAUGGAGAGCAAUUACAAAUUAUCUAUACAAUGGAAACACUCUACGGUACUGGACAGCCGGCACCGAUUUGAUAAAGGAGGACAACCACAUCUGGUUCCCUACAUCCGAUCCCAUAACUUUAAGUAUUUGGUAUCCUGGAGAGCCAAAUAAUCAUAAGGGCCUGGAGCAUUGUGAUGAAUUAAGGUAUUAUAGAUCCCAAAGUGUGGGAUUAAAUGAUUAUUAUUGUGAUUCAGAAAACCUUUUUAUAUGCGAAUUGCCUUAAGAAUUUUUGUUACUAUAAAUAUUAAAAUUGAUUGUUCCUUUAGUAUUAUAAACAGUAAUAAAAAUAAAUCGACAGCUAUUAUGAA